GGAAACAGAUGCUGUUCCUCUAACAACAGACAUGGUUGGUGUUCGGCUUCGUUGCCUGAGCUGCUUCUUAAGUGCUCUACUACUUCUUGGGAUCUGCCUUAUCAAUGUAGAGGCAUCCGGUUGUGAACUUGUCAUCGACAAAAUGGUCGGAGACACUGUGGUGUUUUCAUCAUGUCUACCAACUGUAGGGGUUACCUUAGCUGAAUGGUAUUACAGACAUGGAGACCUUAAUAGAGAUGUAACUACAUUUGAUCAGUUCAAGGGCAGAUAUGACGAAGAUUCCAAAAACUAUACUUUAACAGUGAGACAGCUGACUAGACAAGAUUCAGGUAAAUUCCUUUUUACCUCAGAGGUGAACAACCAACAAAGACCAACAGUCAUCAUCACUCUGCGGGUUCAUGAGCCCAUAACUCAGAAGCCUCAUUUAAAACAGAACAAUUUCACCACAAAUGCCUCGAAUGGAUCCUGCACAGUUUCUCUGGAGUGCAGCAGUGACAGAGACGUCACCUACAAGUGGACGGUGGGCAGUCAAACUCUAACCCUAACCGGUCCCAAGCUGCAAUACACCAUCAGGCCAGAAGAUGGAGACACCAUAUUUAACUGCACAGUUUCCAAUUAUGUCAGUAAUCAAUCUGCAGUCAUAACCAAGACAUGUAGCAACGACACCAUGAACACAGCAGAAGCAGAGCAUAAUUUCUUCUUGAUCCUGGGUGUGGCGUGUGGAGGCUGCGUCCUGAUUGUCAUUAUAGUUGGAAUAGCUGUGGUUGUUUGUCACCAAAAAAAAUCCAAUGCCGAAGAAAAUGACAUGACGUUGUACGCUGACAUCGCUGAUGUUGCACCGCAAACCACAUAUGAAACCGUUCAUAGUGUGACCCCUCCGCCCCUGACUGUGUACGAUAGGAUUCAGCUUAAUCGUAUGAGGAAGGCUUCAGUGUCACCCUACCAAGAAGUUUCCUGAUGGGAUGUGGCUUGAUAUGUCAGAUUCUUGUGAAAGCAAAAUACUGUACGUAUACUGUACAUAGGCAGUAUAAAAUGAUUUUGUACACUUGUGGCCUUAAAAAAGAGCUUUGCACCUAUAUUAUAGUCAAUCACUGUCAUUAUUUUUUAAGUAAUAAUUUAAAUUUGUAAAAAGUUGGUCUUUUUACUGUCGGUGCAGGUGAUGUCAGGAAAAAGCAUAAAAAUGUGCGAUGAAAAUCUUUUUUUUUUCACAUUUUAAUGAUUUGAAUUUAUUAUUAAGAUUGCUGUACAUUCUGUAAAUAAAGUUUUGUCCCUUUGCAUUUGCA